AUACCAGCACCAGCACGACUCGUUCACAACAAACCGCGCUGCCCCCACACACUCCCCACUCGCAGAACCCAAAGGAAAACCCAAAAAACAAAAAACGAAACAAUCCAAAAUUCACAACCAACCAGCACGGAAGAUAGAGAGAGAGAGAAAAGUCCCAAAAGUCCGAAAAUUCUAAUGGAUGCUGCGGCACUGGCCGGAGAUGAAGCCUCGCCGGCCAACGUGAUCACCCGGUGGACGUACACGGUGUCACAGCGCUACCAGCAUCUCCUCGACAAGUCUACACCGCACGUUCUCAACCGUUGGAUCGCCGUCGUCGUGAUCGCCUUCAUCUACGCCGUCCGCGUUUACUUCCUCCAAGGCUUCUACAUCGUCUCCUACGGCCUCGGCAUCUACCUCCUCAACCUCCUCAUUGGCUUUCUCUCUCCUCAGGUCGAUCCCGAGAUCCACGACCUCUCCGAUGGCCCCACCCUCCCUACGCGUGGCUCCGACGAGUUCCGCCCCUUCGUUCGCCGCCUCCCUGAGUUCAAAUUCUGGUACUCUAUCACAAAGGCCUUUUGCAUUGCUUUUUUGAUGACAUUCUUCAGUGCAUUUGAUGUACCUGUUUUCUGGCCAAUACUGCUUUUCUAUUGGUUGGCACUCUUUAUUCUAACUAUGAGGAGACAGAUAACACACAUGAUCAAAUACAAAUAUGUUCCAUUCUCAUUUGGAAAGCAGCGGUAUGAUGGAAAGAAAGCCUCAUCAUCUGACAGUACAAGCCUUCCUAGGAUUUGAGUGCUUCAGACAGAUCUUUCUGACGGAUAUUGUGGUAGAGCAAGUCACCUGGAGAACUAGUUUCAGCACCCUGGAUUAUAGUUCAUUUCCCCUUGAUUUUUUCCAGGCAGGCUUCCUUAUGCCUCCUGGAAGUUUAGUUUUGGGGAGAUGAAGUGGCUGCUGAUGUCUUUUUCUUUUAUUUUAAUCCCUAGUAUUAAAAAAAAAAUCCUUUUGUAUAGGAGGGACAUGCUACAUUCCUGUCGCUGGAUUUUUUAUAUAUUAGCAUGUAUUUCACAGAGCCUUGGCAGUAGGGAAUGAAUCUUGCAAUGACUCUUGCUGCGCAAUUGGAUUAAUUCAAAUUUAGUUCUAAAGUGUAUUUCUUACUUGAAAGUUAAAAUUGUCCCUGCGAUCAUGCUGAGCUUUUUCAGAAGAAUUAAUUUUAGAAAUUGUUAUUCAUCA